AUGUCUCUUAAAGACCGUUCCUUCCCGGUGAGCCCCGGCACAGUUCUGAGCGUUUUCUGUUUGCUUCUUUACUCCGCUGAAUUCAUUCGAAACGAGACUAAGUUCAAUGAGUAUGAACGAAGGUUGAAAACUGUGGAGGAAUUCAUGCCUCAAGAUAAAAUGACACAAGCGAGGACGGAUUCUCCUCCCACUGAACAAGUCAUACAAACCACCUCUGCCGAGCUUGAAAUCAAUCGAAUGAAGCGUAGUAUUUCACAUCCACCACCUUUUAAUAAUUCAGCUGGGAUUAGGAAAAUGAUAGAGGACAUUGUUUAUUUCACUUGGAGUAUUUGCCACAACAAAGCUGGUUUGAAUGUUUGUCCUCGUGGCCGGCCAGGACCUCCGGGGAGAGCAGGACCCAAAGGUGACAAAGGAACGAAAGGCCCCCAAGGAAUUAUAGGAGCUACUGGUCGGAGCGGAAAACCAGGAAAGAUGGGACCAUCCGGAGUAAGAGGAGAAAAGGGAAUUAAAGGAGACAUCGGGCCACCGGGUAUCCCAGGUAUCCCGGGAAUUAAAGGGGAAUCAGGAGAGUCUCUUUCGCCUCCAAAUGUGACAAUUUCCCCGCCAAAACUAAUUGUCAACGAAACCAAGACGGCCUCGCUUCUAUGCUCUGCUUCUGGAAAUCCCGCUGUUCAAAUAACUUGGUCAAAAGCCAAGGGAUCGUUGCCUAGCGAUCGGACCAAAGUGACAUCAAAUGGCCUGAUGCAGAUCACUGAUGUCGGCUUAGAAGAUGCGGGCGAAUACAGAUGCGAGGCGCGAAGUAUACUGGGAAAGAAUGAAAAAACUGCAAGUCUUGUUGUUCAAUCUCCACCCCAAGUUUCACUUUCUCCGGGCCCAACCUACAUUGAAAUAGGAAAGAACAUCACUCUACCAAAAUGUCACGUGACAAGCCUUCCACCAGCAGUCAUCACGUGGUCCAAAUUAAAUGAUGGCUUAGCGCAGUCUAGGACUGUUGUGAAAGAUGGACAGCUGACUAUAUUACAUGCGAAAAUGGCAGACUUUGGUUCAUACGAAUGUAAAGCGUCAAACAUUUUAGGACAUGACUCAGCUUGGACGCACUUGAGUGUCUUUCAGCUGCCGCGUUUUACAAAAACACCACCUGCAUGGCUUUAUGUUGAAAAGAGGAAAACCAUUUCAGUCCCCUGUCAGGCUACUGGUCACUCUCAACCAAAAAUCACGUGGUUAAAAGAAAGAGGCAAUCUUCCUGUGGGCAGAUCACAAGUCAGUCAUGAUGGAACACUUCAAAUCAGUAACGCAAAAGUGGAAGACUCAGGCACUUAUAUCUGUACAGCAACAUCUAACAAAGUAUAUAAGGCGGUCACUGAAAUGAAAUUGACUAUUAUUGGUGAAUGUGUUCCAGUUGGGGUGGAGGACAGUGACACAAUUCCAGAUGCCGCACUUAAAGCAAGCACAUUCUAUAAUGGAAAUUAUCAUCCAUACUACGGCCGACUAAAUGAAACCAGGGGAAGGGGAGCAUGGUGUCCUCAGACUAAAUACGAUAGAACAGACUAUCUUCAAGUUGAUAUGGGUGCAGUGCUUUCCGUUUGUGCCGUGGCUACCCAAGGAGCACUGCUUGUUCGCGAAUGGACCACCAAGUACAAAUUGCAUCUAGCCACAGACGGUGUAACUUGGAAAACUUACAAGGAAUCAAAUGUUGAAAAGGUGUUCCCAGGAAACUCAGACCAAAACAGCGUCGUAAAACAUUCUCUCACUACUAACGUCAUGGCCAGAUACGUUCGUUUCUAUCCCGUCACGUACUACACGUUUCCAUGUUUAAGAGUUGAAAUAUUCACGCGAAAAUGAUGGCAAUUUUACAUUAACUUUUCUCAUCUAACUCAGUGCACAAAUAUGACACAAUGACAAACUUGCAUGAGUAGUUCGUGCCCAUAGGAAACUUACCAAUCUACCAAGCGAAUGGCGGGAUAAUUUGAUAAGCAACAACACAUACUAAAGCAGAGUACAUAUUUCCAUUUAAACUCUAAUCCGUGAUCACAGAGUGAGGAUCUGAUUCACUUAAUGCAUUGAAAAAACCACACAAUGCUUUACUUUUCUAUUACAAGGUAUUUUCACUGAGCGCAAGCCUUGUAUGCAAAUCAUCGGUAGGAGUUCUGGGUAUCAACUGCUUCAGUUUCAGCUUCAAAUCAUUCAGUGCUUAAGUUAGCUUCGCCAAUCCUUCUUUUCACAGUCUAGCAGCACGUUAUAACUACACUGGCCGACUACCAGCUAAGAGUGCUCUUAGUCUGGCACACUUAAAAGGAGGGAAAAAAGAUAUAAAAAGACAAAGGGGUAAUGAAAUAAGUGAAGAAGCUUCAUCAUCCUGAGACAAAUUACCGCAGCGAUUUUAAUACAGUUAUCUGGUAAUGAUCCGAAAUGAGAUAAAUCCAAGCGAAAUGAGUUUUUUCUGCUAAAUCGCGAUCAAGUAUAACAAUAUUUGGUAUUAUCAACUAAGUUGAUUACGUAAAUUGGCCACCAUCGGGAGUUUCAAAGCCUUCGUCAGAGUGAAUGGCUAACCUUUCUUACUCUGCAUAUUGAUAAACUUCCUCAGGCAAAGAACGCUGAGGAAGGCUAUCAAUAUACAGUUGAAGCGUCGCGAUCCACAUCCGAGGUUACUACAUUGUAAGGAAAAUGAUAAAGCUUCAUAUAGAAAGUGUAUUCACCUCAAUAACAAACCGUAAUAUUUUUUUAUGAUAUUAAGGGUAAUGAGAUGGGGGAAGGAUCACAGAUCUUAUUUACUUAUUUAGUUAAGAAAUAAAAUGCGCAUGCGCUUUUCUGUCACGAAAUA